AUGGGUCACGACGAGCAACAAGAGCGCGGCAGUGGCCACCUCCUGCUCUUCCCAUUCCUGGCGCAAGGCCACCUCAUCCCGUUCCUCAACCUGGCCAAGCGCUUCGAGAGCCUCGAGCAGUGUGGUGGCAGCGGCCAGCGGCGUCUCGUGAUCACCAUCGUCAGCACGCCUCGCAACGUCGCCAGCCUCCGGCGCGCGCUGCCGGCCGGAUCAUCCAUCGACUUCGCCGAGCUGCCAUUCUCGCCGUCGGACCAUGGCCUGCCACCCGACGCCGAGAGCGCCGACGCCGUGCCCGUCCAUGCCUUCCCAACUUUCUCCUUCGCGACGGAGCUGCUCCGGCCAUCAUUCGAGAAGCUCCAGACUGAGCUCGCGGGGAGACAAGGGCGCAAGAACGUGUGCGUCCUCGCGGACAUGUUCCUGGGCUGGACGGCCGAGAUCGCCCGCGCGCUCGGCGUCCAGCACCGCAUGUUCCUCACCAACGGCGCCUAUGCCUCCGCCGUCAUCUUCUCCAUCUGGCUCCGCCCGCCGUUGUUCCCACGCUCCGCCGGUCCUGACGACGAGCUUGCGCUGCCAGUCUUCCCCGAUGGGCAGAGCGUGGUGGUGCACGGGUGGGCGCAGCAGGUGCGCAUCCUGGCGCACGAGUCCACGGGCGCGUUCCUGAGCCACUGCGGGUGGAACUCGGUGCUGGAGAGCCUGUGGCACGGCGUGCCGGUGGUGGGCUGGCCGCUCAUCGGCGACCAGCUGUUCGACUCCCGCUUGCUGGUGGAGCUCGGCGUCGGCGUGGAGGUGGCGUCCGGGAGGUGUUUCGGCGGGCUGGGCAGCGAGGGGUGGGAGCGCGUCAGGGACGUCGUGGAGACGGUGCUCGGGGACGGCGACAAGGCCAAGGACAUGCGUCGAAAGGCUGCCGAGAUGAAGAAGCUGGCGCGCGCGGCCGUCGGAGCCGCAGACGGCGAUGGCAAGGGCAAGGGCUCGUCCGUGCUCGCAAUGGAGCGCCUCGUCGAUAGCGCCUUCGACUGA